CCCGUUAUUGCCAAGGUAACAGACAAACAGCCUCUGGCGCUGCAGAAAAAGGACCAGGGGGGCUGGUGGAUUAUGAGUGCCGAAGAGGGUGCCGGGGGAAGAGAGAAGCGAGGGACGGACGACCCCAGCGACGAGGCCAUCUUGCGGGAACUAUGUGCAGUCAGUGGAUGCAACUAUGAGAGACUGCUGGAAAACGGAAAAGACGAAAAUGUUACGAAGAUUGAGAUUUUCUUCUUCGGUUUCCCGCGGUUAUGUGGCCUUCACCACUUUCCCAAUCUCACCAAACUCUGCAUUGUCAACCAACCAAUAAGAUCUCUAGCUGGCCUUGAGUCAUGUGACCACCUCACUGAACUAUGGGUUUGCGAGACAGCACUCGAAGACAUGAGAAACGUGGAGUGCUGUGUUAGAUUGGUCCAGCUAUACCUGUACUCAAACCGGAUCAGCAGGAUCCAGGGACUGGACAAACUGGUUUAUCUGGAGAAACUGUGGCUCAACAGCAACCGUCUUUCCCGCGUGGAGGGUCUGGGGAACCUUGGUAAUCUGAGGGACCUGAAUUUGGCGGGGAACACCCUCACUUCCAUCAGGGGGGCAGUGGAGCACCUCCGUAAAUUGGAGAUUUUUGAUCUUUCAGGAAACCAGAUCUCAUCCUUUGAAGACCUGUCCCCACUCUCGGACCUUCCCUCCCUCCACUCCCUCUCCCUGUCACACCCUCACCACCCUCCCAACCCCCUCUGUCUCCUCUGCAAUUACUCCUCCCUCCUCCUGUUCUCCCUCCCACAUCUCACCACUCUCGGCGGACAGGACGUGUCUUCGCCUGACGUAAAGAGCCUUGUUCAGGGGCUGGUGUCCAAGAAGAAGAUGUUCUAUCGAAUGAGAGUGAAACACGAACAGGAAGUGAUGGAGAGGAAGUGCCACGCCCACCAACAGGAAGUGAGACGGCUACAGGAAGUGGUGUCAGGGAGAUUGAGGACCCUCCACACUGCCUUGGGGAGACUGAAGCAGUUUCACGAUGCCACUGAAGAAGAGGAGGAGGAAGAGGAGAGGAAGAGAGAGAAAUGCGACUGAUCCAAGAGAGGAUUGAGCACCUGACCAGUUACAUGGACCACGUCACCACCACUAGCACUGACCACUUAUCUCAGCUGAGGAAGGAGCUGGACUGGCAGACUAGACUGUGGCAGACUGAGCUGGAGUCAGGGGGCAACACUAAGUUUCUGGCCCCCGUCGGGGGUCGCGAAGGUCACUGGCACAGGGCCUGCACGGAGCUCAUAAAGUCUCGGUUCUCUGCCGCCAAUUGGCAGGAGUUUGGGUUCAGCGGUGUUGAGGUGAGGCAAGUCCUGAGGAUUGAGAAUCGGAAGUUGCGACAUCGUCUGAGGUCCGCAGUCCAGACCAUUCUGGAGCAGUCCGGUCCGGGUUCCAUACCACCUCCAGAUGACCUUUCCGAUCUCUUGGAAUACCUGUUUCUUGUCUGGAACCCAGAGCUGGAUCUGCUGCAAGUCUGUAGUGAUGGAUUCCCCGAGAGACGUAGCAGUCCUCCAGUUAGUCUGACAGACUCCAUCAUGUUUGCCGACCUACCACGUCUCAGACAUUCCAGUGGGCGUGGCCAUAGGUCACGUGACGAGAGUGGGCGUGGUCAGAAGUCACGUGAUGAGAACCAGACUCACCUGUUGCUGUGUAAGGUGUUCAAGGGUCAACACAUGCAAAUCAGCGGCUCAGGAAUACCCUCGCCUUCUGAUUAUCCCUCCUCCCACUCUGUCUGUCGCCAUGCCAACGCUCACAGCAGCGAGUGGUUUGUUUUCCACCCAGCUCUAGUCAUUCCAUCGUUCUUCAUCUCCCUUCGCUACCUAACUCCAGGCCCGUCAAAGAGCGUGUUGGAUCACAUGACAUCACGUGAUCCCCACACUCCCACUGAUGACGUCAUCCUAGACCACGCCCCUAUCCUCCCUGCUCAGCCAAAGUUAGCUCUACUUGACGAGGCAUCAAUCCUCAGAGUUUCGAACUGCACCGAUCUUUCCAAUGUAAAGGAUCUCUGUCUCCAUGGCAACCACCUGACUCGAUUCCGUCUGUCGUCGUGUCCGUCGUCCCUCACACACUCCCUCGUCCCCAACCUCACAACUCUCACACUCUCGUGCAACGAGAUCCACACAGCCGCGGACUUUCAUGACCUGCCACAGUUGGUGGAACUGGACCUGAGUUUCAAUAAAAUCACCACUCUUGAAGGAAUGAAGAAUCUUCCAAAGCUGCAGAAGUUGGACAUGAGUUGGAACAGCCUCACCUGCUAUUUCACAGAUGUCAGUGUUUUGAGGAGACAUGCUCCAGCCCUGGUCUCCCUUCACUGCAGCCGUAACCCCUGGACCGUGCCUGAUCUGUUCAGAAGGCACACCCUCACUCGGCUAAAGAACCUCCGUUACCUUGACAACACCCCGGUCACGCCCGACGACACUUCCGCUGCCGUCGCCUACUGCACCGCCUCCCAACUCUCCUCCUCCUCCCUCUCUCCCCACGUUCACACCCUCACCGUCCUCCCUCCCUCCCUCUCUCUCUCCUUCGUCACAUACUCCCUAAUCAAACUACCAUUACCCAGGUUCACUGAUUCCAUCCAUAACUGGGGACGUAAGGUGACGUGUCUUCAUCUGGCCGGUCGCAGUGUGCGAAGACUGUCGUGUUUCGACCAACUACCCAAUCUACUGUGGGUCUGUCUCGACAAUAACACCAUCAGCAACAUCGAGGCUCUCUCUCUUUGCACGAAGCUGCAAGAAGUGUCACUUGACAACAACCAAGUCAGUGAUCUCACUCCACUCUGCUCCCUUACACACCUUCAGACUCUAUCAGCAGACGGCAACAGUCUGUCGUCCCUCCCAGAUCCCAGACACCUCAGAUCCCUCGCCUCACUCCUUCGUCUCUCACUCUCCCACAACCAACUCUCUGAUCUGACUCCAAUGAAGGUUCUAACUUCGAUUCAAGAACUGUACAUCAGCUCUAAUGAUAUUCACGACCGCCGGCAGCUAUUCCAUUUGAAGCCCCUCAGAAGCCUGCUGAUCCUGUCACUGGAGAACAAUCCUCUGGCCAUGCCCACACCGGAAGUGGGCGGGGCAACGGGCGGAGCUACACAUCGGAUGUUUGCAGUUUAUCAUCUUCACUCCCUCCGAGCGUUGGACGGAAUCCCAUUGGAACAAUCGGAAGUGACACAGGCAAAGGAAAAGCUUGGAGGAAGGCUGACACAGGACAUGAUCUACGAGCUGAGUCCCAGUCUGGAUCUGUCAGACGCCCGUACCCUCGAUCUCCCAUCCUGCGGGGUCAGAUCGGUCGACCUUUCACCUUUUGACCUCCUCAAGAACCUUGCCAGUCUAAAUCUAGAGCAGAACAGUUUGACGUCGUUAUCGGGACUUGUCCAUCUCAACCAGUUGAAGGUCCUGUGUCUGAACCAUAACAAGAUAGAGUGUCUGUUGCCAAGGGAGACGACAGCAGAGAGGGAAACAACCACUGCCAUGAGGAGUCUCCAAGUACUGCAUCUCGCGUACAAUGGCAUUAGCAAUAUGGGAGUUCUCCAGUUGAGCUGUCUUCCUUCACUGCGGGCACUGUUCUUGCAAGGGAAUGAAAUAAGCAGGGUCGAUGGACUGACUGGUUUGACUCGACUGACUGAACUUGUCCUGGACAGAAACAGGAUCAAGGCUUUUCAUGAGAGGUCGUUCUCUGAUCUUGUGAGUCUCCGUGUGCUACUGGUGGAAGAAAACAGACUUCGAAGUCUGUCUCAUCUCGAUACGCUGGUCAACCUGGAGAGACUGUUCCUCGGAGGAAACAAGAUUCAGGACUAUUCAGAGCUAGACAAACUCCACCCACUAUCCCGCCUCCUAGAGAUCUCUCUCUUAGAUAAUCCUAUUGCACGCAGACAUCAACACCGACCAAUCACAAUAUUCAACCUGCCGUCUCUCCUCUCAUUGGACGGUCUGAGAGUGACAUCACAGGAAAGGCAGAAUGCCGAGGCUAUUUUUAGCAUCACCGAGGAACAAGACAUGGUGGAAAUGCUGUUGCCAGGGAUACCAAACAGACCUGCCCACCUGAGAGUGAUGAACAUGCCCUUUGUACCCACAAGCUCCGUAAACCACACCCACAACCACUCGGACACCAGACGGUGAGACAUCUGGCUGGUGUUGACCAUAUUGAGGAGGAGGACGAAGCUAGAGGGGAUUCACUGGUGCGCGGCUGGCCAAUUCCGUGGCAUCUCGAUCGCCUGGACCAAGAGAAGGGAGACGAUUGGCCGCUAGACCAUUCGUACCAGCCAAUUGGGACUGGAGAAGGAGUUGAUAUAUAUGUCCUGGACUCUGGCGUGAGAUACGAACACAGCGAGUUUGAAUUCAGAGCCAAGUAUGCAGGCUAUGAUCCGUAUGAUGAGCAUGCCCAGAAGAAGGGCCACGAUUCCAUUCCGAUGCAAGGCAGAGACUGUCACGGGCAUGGGACACACGUCGCUAGUCUCUGCGGUGGAAAAACGUUCGGAACUGCCAAGAAAGUAACUCUGUACAGCGUCCGGGUCUUGGGGUGCCAGAAUUCCGCUCCGUGGAGCGUUGUUCUCGACGGUUUAGAGUUCGUUUCCCGGGUGAUUGAAUCUCGCAUGAGACCAGCCGUCGUUACAAUGUCACUGAGUGGGUCUUACCAUCAGUCCGUGAACGACGCUGUCAUGGAACUAUACAAGAAGAACAUCCCCGUGGUAACUGUCGCAGGGAACGGGGAGACGGAUUGUUGCAAUCGCUCGCCUGCCAGCUCCGCACACGCCAUCACAGUCGCCGGGACGAGACUCGGCGACGGACUGUACCGGAUUGGUCAGGGGACAAAUUUUGGGAGUUGCGUCGAUGUUUUCGCCCCCGGAGAGCAGAUUACUGGCGCCAGCCACGUCUGCUGGAACUGCUCGAAGCUCCUCAGUGGAACGAGCAUGGCGGCUCCAAUGGUUGCGGGGCUUGUAGCAAUCCACCUCGCCAGGACUCCUCGCAUGACGGCAAAGCAGGUGAAGGAGAGAGUGAUCAACGACUCACUCUUGGACAUGGUAAAUUUCCAGGGGAUGCCUCGCAGCUACUACGCCUUAACUCCAAACCGCCUGGUCCAAAUUCCAGGUUCUUGUGGGGGGUCCUGGUUUCCACUGAGUCAGUCCACGUUCCAUACGCCCAUGUUUCCAAACCGUUACCCCGGCAACCUGGACUGCGAGUGGAGAAUAUUGGCCGAAGAGGGGCAACAAGUUCAGAUCACAUUCCAUUCCGUCGCGACCGAAAGGAACUUCGACGUUGUUCAAGUAAUAGACGGGCCUUGUUGGGACAGUUCAAACGUCAUGGCAACCAUAUCAGGGGAUCUAGGGAUGGUGAAUGUGACAUUUCGUUCACUCUCUCCCUCACUCUGCGUCCGAUUCACCGCUGACGGAGAAACCAGUUUCUCAGGUUUCAACGCAACUUACACCAAGCUCUACAAAAACACCAGCCUUCCCGUUGUAGUCCCUUCACUCCCUCCUCGACCACUCUCCUACUUCUCAACCGUAUUGCUCCACCACCUCGACGUGUCGAAGAACGCCACGGAGCUGCAAGAAUACGAGACCGACGGAUUCCGUCCGACAUGGUGCAACACGUACGGCGGCGGUCGGAGGAGCAACGUGGAUAUCAUACUCACAAACGACACACGCGUUCACUCGCAGUGUAAACUGGAAGUUGGCAACAAAUCACUCGCUAGAAUGCUUGAAAAGAAGGCAGGAGAAGGGUUCAGCCUGUGGCACAUUACCACAAGAACGCGAGGACGAAAUGUCGUUCGUCCAGCUUUCUACUUGCUUCUGAAGAGGGUACCGCCCCACCUAGAGCACGUCUACUACCUGCGGGAAAACGAAAGUGAAUAUUUGAACCAUCUCGAGACGCACACCAAACAAAACUACAAGCUCUCUCUCAUUCAUUUUACUACCUCGAAGACCAGUUGUACGUCAGCUCGGUGUAUGUACGCGACCGCCGCUUCGCGCUACACAUUCCAAUUGAAAACCUUCCGCCGGCAAGAUGGCGCAGU